CAAAGAUCGCCUAAUGCUUAGGAAACCCACUAUACCAGUGAAGCCUGGGUUAGCCCACCCAACUCUCCUAACCCCCCUUAUUUCAUCUUCUUAUCCUAACUUCCAUAACUUCAACUCAAAAAUGGCAUCUUGCUUCCACCAUUCAACCACCCUAGAAGAUGACUCCGCAGCUCUCUUCACUGCCUCGGACGACUCCCCGGACCAAUCCACCACCACCCCGUCCUCCUCCUCCCGCCAUUCACCACCAUCAUCAUCUUACCCCUCCAAACUAUCCUACAAACUCACUGUCAAAAAUCUCUCCUACACCAUCAACAGAGACACCCAAAUGACACUUCCUGGACUUUCAUGGCUCCUGAAUAAGCCAAAGCGUGUCGAUAUCCUCAAGUCGGUCUCCUUUGUUGCUCAAAGCUCGGAGAUCAUGGCGAUCGUCGGGCCAAGUGGCAGCGGCAAGUCGAGUUUGCUUCACUUUGUUUCUGGUCGUGUUAGAGACAACACUUUGGAUCCCAAAACCACUAUUUCUCUUAACGAUUUUCCCAUUACGAGUCCUUCACAGAUGAAGAAGAUAUGUGGGUUUGUGGCACAGGAGGACAACUUGCUUCCUUUGCUAACUGUGAAGGAAACCUUGAUGUAUAGUGCCGAGUUUAUGCUAAAGGAAAUGAGUUCCAAAGAGAAGGAAGAGAGGGUUGAUUGUUUAUUGCGUGAACUUGGGUUGGUUCAUGUUCGUGAUAGUUUCGUGGGAGACGAAGAUGAUCGAGGAAUAUCGGGAGGAGAGAGGAAAAGGGUGUCGAUUGGUGUCGACAUGAUUCCUGAUCCUCCCAUUUUACUCCUCGAUGAGCCUACAUCGGGGUUAGAUAGUAGCUCGGCCCUUCAAGUGAUCGAGCUAUUAUCAAACAUGGCAAGUUCAAAGCAACGAACCAUCAUUCUGUCAAUCCACCAACCGAGUUAUAGAGUCCUCCAAUACAUUUCCAACUUCUUAAUUCUCUCUAACGGUUCUGUGGUCCAUAAUGGUUCCCUUGAAUCACUUGAGGAGACCAUUAACCAGUUGGGGUUUGAAAUCCCAGCGCAACUCAAUGCGCUCGAGUUCUCCAUGGAAAUCAAAGAGGUCCUCGAAGCAUCAUAUAACUCAAAAGAGCCCGUUCUUACGUUUAGAGAACUCGUGGAACCAUCUUUCGCCACGGUGUGGGCUGAACAAACGAAUGGCACAUUUCAAGAGCUUUUACGAAGAGAUCAAAGUGUCCCAAGAACUCGAUAUAAACUUUUUUUCCAUGAGAUUCUAAUUCUUUGCACAAGGUUUUGGAAGACGAUUUAUCGGACAAAACAACUGUUCUUGGCAAGAACAAUGCAAGCUGUUGUUGGAGGUCUCGGUUUAGGGAGUGUUUACGUAAAGGUUAAAAAUGAUGAAAAUGGCAUUGCGGAAAGAUUAGGGCUCUUCGCCUUUAGUCUUAGCUUUCUCCUUUCUUCGACCGUAGAAGCACUACCCAUAUACCUUCAAGAGCGUCGAGUAUUGAUGAAGGAAGCAUCAAGAGGAGCCUACAAGACCUCUUCGUAUAUGAUCGCCAACACCAUCGUGUUUCUACCCUUCCUCUUUGUGGUUGGUCUGCUCUUUUCCAUUCCAGUGUACUGGCUAGUCGGGCUCAACCCUUCGUUCACCGCAUUUGCCUUUUUCAUAUUUGUGGUCUGGUUGAUCGUGCUGAUGGCUAGCUCGUUGGUUCUCUUCCUAAGCGCGGUUUCGCCGGAUUUCAUCUCGGGGAACUCGCUCAUCUGCACGGUUCUCGGUGCAUUCUUCCUCUUCUCAGGGUACUUCAUACCAAAAGAAGUGAUCCCGAAAUACUGGGUGUUCAUGUACUAUGUGUCGUUAUAUCGAUACCCGUUGGACUCGUGGCUGGUAAACGAGUAUUGGGGAAGGAGAGAUGUUUGCUUUUCUGGGGAAGGUCCUGGUUCCACAUGUUUGUUGACUGGGAGAGAGAUCUUGAAGGGUAGAGGGCUUGAAUCAGAUAGCAGGUGGAUGAAUGUAGGGAUCAUGGUUAGUUUCUUUGUGUUUUAUAGGGUACUUUGUUGGAUCAUUCUUGCUAGAAAGGUCUCUAAAACCACAAUUUGAUACUUUUUUAAUGAAUUAUAUAAGUUCAUUACAUUUGCUAAUUAUGUAUUUAUAUCCUCAUAAUCGUAUUAACUACAACAGUAUUAGAGUUAUAAGUUAAAAUAACUGAAAAGAUGCAUAUUGGAUUACUCCUGAUAAUAACGAGAAGAUGA